AUAUACCUUACGCAUUUGCCAUCAUUAGGAGAGCAUCCGAUUAAUUUCAACCUUUCUUCUCUGCAGCCAAGAGAAAAAAAAAAUGCAAGGAAUUUUCAGAGCAGUACGAUCUUGCCAGGAAACACUCAAGGCUGCAAUUUUGCAACAUUCACAUGGGAGAGGGAAAAUAUUCACUUUUGGAGGCACUACCUCCUCUUCACCCGAACAGCUAAAAGGCUUGGAGAAUGUAACAGUGGCAGAGGUGCUAAUGACUAAGGGAGAAGAAAAAACUGGUUCCUGGCUGUGGUGCCGGACCAAUGAUGCUGUCAUCGACGCAGUCAAAAAUAUGGCUAAAAAUAAUAUUGGGUCGUUAGUGGUACUAAAGCCAGGAGAGGAACAUCUUGCAGGAAUAAUCACUGAAAGAGACUAUACGAGGAAGAUAGUCGCGCAGGGAAGAUCACCCAUAUAUACAACAGUUGGGGAAAUUAUGACCGAUAAGCAGGACAAAUUAAUAACAGUGACAUCUGAUACCAAUAUUCUCCAAGCAAUGCAGCUAAUGACAGAAAAUCGGAUACGGCAUAUUCCAGUCAUUGAUGGGAAGAUAGUUGGCAUGAUCUCUAUUGUAGAUGUUGUAAGAGCAGUAGUGAAUGAGCAAAGUGGAGAACUGAAGCAAAUGAAUGAGUUCAUUAAAGGAGACUACUAUUAGAAUCAAACAAUUUUACAUUUGAGAGCAUGCUGCUGGUAAUGAAUAAUUAUGAUUUGACGCGGAAAUAUUUUAAAUUGUAUAGCAGACAUGUAAUAAAAAAGAAAAGAGAAAUAUAUUCAAGAUUCAUAUCAUGAUGAGCUUGUUGCAAAUCACAGGAAUGAAUUGAUAUCUCCAGCAGGAUCAGUCAGGAAAAAAUAAAUAAACCAAAAAAAAAAAAAAUGUAAAACUGAGUCUUAACAGGAGUGAUUGACAGUCCCAUAUGCUGGGGUUUCGUGAACUGCCCUUGCGGGAAUGUAUUCACCAUAGAAGAGCUAAAGGUCAGUCAACCUAUGAGCACAUAAUGAUACAG